AUGGAGACGAUAAGAGCCUCACCUGUAGCAGCAGGCGUCGCCGUGGCCCAUGACGUCGGGCAGGGCCAGCUUGCGGCCGCCGUACACGUAGACGAGGUCUCCGGGCGGGCGGCGCACCAGCAGCGACGGCGAGUACAGGCGGCACGAGUCCCCGCCGGCCGAGCCGUCGCCCAGCUCCUCCUCCAUCGGCGCGCCCUUCCACACGCCGCCGCCCACGUGCCCGCCGUGCCCGUGGCCGUGCUCGUGCCCGUGCUCGUGCCCGUGGUCGUGCCCAUGGCCGUGGCCGUGGCCGUGCCCAUGGCCGUGGUCGUGCCCGUGGCCGUGCCCGUUGUGGUGGUGGCCGUGCCCGUUGCUGCCGUACACUGCGAAAACACAAGCACAGACAUGUCUCAUAUUUAUGUCAGUAUAAUUCAUCUCUUAAAAACUGCUGAAUAA